AUGGCUUCUGGCUACGGUCUCAACGGAGACGCCACCGGCCGGAGCCCGGGCUCAACCACAUCGAUGGCCCUGUCGACUAACCCGCUCUCUCCAGGUCCUUCCCGCUGCUACCCCUUCUGGCAAGAGGUCCUCGGAUGCUACGUCGUGAACUCGGGCGAGGGCGAAGCCGGCAAGAAGAAGUGCACCCCCGCCCUGGAGGACUACUACGAGUGCCUUCACCACCGGAAAGAGGCUCUCCGCACAAUGAAGAUGCAGGCUGCCUACCGCAAGGCCGAGGCCGCGCACCCGCGUGAGAACGCACCCAAGGCCGAGCAGAUUCGCAGUCUUGGUCUGCUCGGGAAGGAGGAAGAGGCCUCUGCGGUGCUGAAUCAACGGUGA